GAAUCACGUCUCGAUGCGCACAAGAGGAACUCACACCCAUCGGGCGCUAAAAGGAAAGACCCGCUGCAGCUUAUUGGGAGAGAAAAGUGACGUCAAGGAAAUCCUCACUGCUACUGAGACCUUAAUAUAACCAUGAACUGCACUGAUAGCCCAAAGCACAUUACUGCGCAAAAUAUAGACGUGCAGGAUUACCAGGGCAAACAGCUCCAAUCCUCACUCAGGUGUGCUUAAUUGCAGACAAAGAAGCCAAGAGCAAUCAGAUCUUGUCGAACAGGUUUCUGUUGGAUGGGACUGGAUGUUUUAUUGGAGCACAAUUUGGAGCGUCUGAUUUAGUUCGUCAAUUCUUUGUGCAGUCACAUUCGAAGAGACACCCGUCGUUUGUCGUCGACUUGCACAAAUGACCCUGCUGGCGAGCAUGCGGCGCCACAGUAUCCGCGUUCAGCAUCACCUGCACCGGUGGAGCAUCUGCGGGACGGACGGAGGACAGCUGCUGAGCGAUGGUUUCGCGCCUCCCGACAUCGGUAUGUCCAGGUCCAGUUCCUGCUCGUCCGCCUCUUCAGACUCCGCUCUCUCCAGCGAGUCUGCGACUCCAACAUCCGUCGGACCCUUCACUGUUGUCCUGCUCGGGGACAACGGCGUCGGGAAGUCCGCGCUCGCUAGUAUAUUCGCUGGAGCAUCCGACAGCAUGGGCAGCGAAUGCGAGUUAUAUGGAGGUGAAGUAUUUGAGCAGACAAUAACAGUAGACGGUGAGAGGGCCACAGUUACCCUACUCGACACCUGGGACUCACGGGGUGAGGGGGGCUGGACACAGGAGCGAUGUUUGCAGACAGGAGACGCUUUCAUUAUAGUUUAUGCCAUAACAGAUCGUUCAAGCUUCCUUCAUGCAUUAGAUCUUCGUAUUCAGCUUCGACGCCAACGUGAGGCCGAUCGAACUCCCAUCAUCCUCGUCGGCAAUAAAUGUGACCUGGUUCGUUGCAGGGAAGUGUCCAUUAGUGAGGGUCGCUCGUCUGCUGCUGUCUUUGACUGUAAGUUCAUUGAAACGUCAGCAGCUAUGCAACACAAUGUCUGGCCGCUGUUUGAGGGCAUCAUCCGCCAGCUCCGUCUGCGAAGAGACAGCACAGAGAACCUCACCAGACGUUGUUCUCUUCAAAAGCGACGGGAGAGUCUCCCGAAGAAAGCGAAGCGUUUCAUUAACAGAAUGGUUGCUAAGAAGAACAAGCAAGCAGCCUUCAAACUCAAGUCCAAAUCAUGUCAUGACCUGAUGAGUCUGUAGUGCAGAGACUUUGAAUUGGUCUGAAAAUUUGAAUUGUAUUGUGUGAAGUUUGGGUGCAAACAUUCUGGAAAGUAUCUGUUCAAGUGUUUGUUUUUUUCCCCAUUUAGUGAUUUCUAAAAAAGCGAUGGAUGUCUAUAUUAGACUGUGCUGUAGAAGAGCAUCGAUUACAGGCUUCUCGCUCCCUCUGUGAAGGACAGAACGCUCUAGUCUUGCCCAUCGUCCAUUUCACAUGCCAACAUUUCAAAAGCUAUAAAAUACUAAAAUGUUUUUGUGGGAACCCCACCUCGCUAAAAGUGGUCCUUUUACUUUUUUUAUGAUUUUCCUGAUGGAUUUGCUUUUGAAUUGAGAAACUUCUUUGAGGUACAUUGUGUGUGAAACGGUUUGUCCAGCUUUUGCUCAUUUUGAGCAUAUAGCAUUCAAAAGAAAUAAAAGAUUGUUUUUU